GGUGGAUUCCACGCCCUGGGCGCCAACUCUUUCAGAGUCUUGAGUCUUCAAGCGGCUGCCAUCCCUGUCCAUAUCUCGUCGUCCGCCUUUCAUCCUCUACCAAUCAUUCUCCUCCCGCUCGACAGCCUCGACCGAGAUGUCCUCCCCUUUCAAGGCUUGGGACUUCCGAAUACUCGGUCCCCAGCUCUCUUUAUCUCCUCCCUCUCCACACUUUCUUCUUGACUUCAUCUUACCAACAAACACUCGGGCCUUGGAAGUUGGCGCUCUCGCUGCAUUCUGUCCCCCCUCGCUCGUUUCUCCGUCCACUCUUUUGCCCAGCAGAACCCACCCACACGCUGCACACUGACUCCCCUGGAGCCAGCCUUUCCACUCCCUUAUACACGCCAUCUUCGUCACUUGGUCCGAAUCCGUGCUUUUUUUUUCGUUGCCAGCCUUUCACUUUCGCUGCAAACGGCCAUCUAUUCAAGCCUGUCUUGAAUCACUCAAAGGGUCAUCUGGUACCCGUCCACUCAUUCAUACAGCACACUCACCGGCUGGCGUUCGAAUCAAAGAGCAUUCAUUGUUUGUCGUUUCCGGUCGAUUCCCUCAAUAGUCGACCUCUCCAGCAACCCAGCUCGUCCAUUCCUAGUGAACCAGUAUUGGACCUCAAUCGCCAUCUUGAUCAAUUCCUAAACCAUGAAAUACGCCUGGGGCGCUGGUGCCCUCCUGGCGACUGCCAGCACAGUCGCCGCCACUGCCGUCUUUGAGGCGGGCAACUGGUAUUCCAACCAGGUCAAGGCCAUCUCGUACUCAAAUUUCGGAACUGCUGGCAGUUAUAAAAAGGUCACCACCAUGUCGAAUGGUGUCUGCAACUUUGAUGAGCAGCCAUACUCGGGCGGCCUGGCCCCUUUCGACAAAGAGGUCUCUGUGCAUUUCCGAGGGCCCUUGCGACUAAAGCAAUUCGCGUCCUACACCCCAGGCUCGGGCUCUGUUAAGCGAACCCUUCAUCCCUCGCCGCAUGAGCGUCGACAUAAUCACCAACACAUGCAUCACCAUGCCCACAAUGCUCGACGCUCCGAGCCCGAAAAUGCCGAGGAGAAACGGGCUGUCGGCGACUGGAUCACCGCAACUAUCAAUGGCGACAUCGUUUCGUGGUUGGACGCCGGUGGCCCUGCUGCCACCACUCCCACGGGUGUGUCAAGUCCUGACGUCGGAGUUCCCGCUGAACCGGCACCUACCCUCAACCUCGGAUCCGGAACUUGGGCACGGCAAGCAUAUUACGAUGCUGCUUCGGGGGUUGCGGACGGUCUCGUCUUCUUGAACAACAUGGGAGGUCAAGGGUCUGGCACUUUUGAUUAUACAUGGGGCAAUUCGCUUGCGUAUGCUGGCCCCUUGGCCGAAUCUGGUUCCGCCUCGCCUGUUACUCUUGCCGACGCUCUGAUCGAUGAUAACAAGGAGAUCAUCAUUUUCAGCGACAAACCUUGCACCAGUGACUGUGGCGCCGUCAGAGACGGCACCGUUGCUUACCAUGGCUUCAACGGCGACUCCAAACUGUUCCUCGUCGAAUUCUCCAUGCCUCUCUCAGGCAAGACAGGCUUCAACGCUGAUAUGCCCGCCAUCUGGCUGCUCAACGCCGAAAUCCCCCGCACCCAGCAGUACGGUGAUUGCUCUUGUUGGAAGACUGGCUGUGGAGAACUCGACGUCUUUGAAGUUCUGAACUCGGGCAAUCAAAAGGCCAUCACCGCCUGGCACGGUGCCAAUUCCAAGGGCGAGUCCAGCUGGUUCCAAAGGCCCAUCGACAAAACCAUGAAGGCCGCCAUUCUUCUGGACGGGGGCUCGGGCUCCGCUAACAUCGUGGUCCUGCCCGACGAAACCACUUUCGAUACCAGUUUCACCGACUCGGUGGUUUCCUCACUCAUCAACUCGAUAACGGACCCGUUAUUGAAUAUCAAGGUGGCACUGCCAUGAUUUCAAUGACGAUGACGAGCCAUUUGCCUUUCUACACAAAGGCCAUUCUAGCGAAGCAGGUCAGGUCCUGGCACUGACGCUGGGUUCCCGUCUUGCAUGAUCUGUUGACCCGAGCAUUGGGGGGCUUGACAUUUGCUGCAUUCUGGACAUUUGAUACCCAGAUUUUCUGCCAUGUGCAUGAUUGCAUUUGCCUGUGUAAAUAUAACCAACAAGUUUGAUGAUCUUAGUUUCUAGAUGGUGUUAGAUUCCAAUCGAUGGUUGGAUCGAGUUUUUGAGCUGGAAUGAUGUGAU